AACAGGUAAACUUUAUACUGUAAGCUUCAUUCCCUUUAUAACAGGUUGAUUGAUUGUGGUUCCCCUCUACUCAAUGACUUACGGUGGAGCGCUCAGGUGAAGCACAUGUGAUUGACAGGUAAAGGACACCAGAGACCUAAGGCAGAAUCACCCGCAGGACGGUCAGCUGCUGCUGCAGGAAAUAACACUACAAAAGAUCUUCCCCAGUCUGGAGGUAUCUGCACCCCGGUGUGCAUUAUGAUGGAGAACAGGUCCUCAUGUCAGUUGGAGCAGCUGUCAUGUGCAUGUCUCUUGGACUCUGACUGCCACUGGAUGAUCCGCAAUGGCAUGAGCGCCCCAAUCAGACACAGAGCCAACGGUGCAGUGGGCGCCUUGUGCAACAGUCCUAACUGCUUGGUUGCCACCAGGCUUGACAGUUCCCAGCAGGAUCACAAUGGGCCGGGGAGGGUACUGGUCACCGGAGGGGCCGGAUACUUUGGAUUUAGGCUGGGAAAAGCUCUGGCCCGCCAAGGGGUCUCCGUCAUACUGCUAGAUCUCCACAAGCCACCUUGGGACAUCCCAGAUGGAGCUGUCUUCUAUCAGAAUGAUAUCCGGGAUUUUGAUGCCUUGUAUAAGGUCUCUGCAGGAGUGAAUGUUGUAUUCCACACUGCUUCCUAUGGAAUGUCAGGUCCUGAACAGCUAAGGAAAAAGCAGGUUGAAUCCAUCAAUGUUGGCGGCACAAAUAAUGUGAUAAAUGUUUGUAUAGAGCGAGGCAUUUCAAGACUGAUCUACACCAGCACAGUGAAUGUUGCAUUUGCAGGCAGACCUAUUGAGGAUGGAGAUGAAGAAUCAGUUCCGUGUGUACCACUGGAAAUGCACAUAGAUCAUUACUCUAGGACUAAAGCUAUUGCCGACAGCAUGGUGCUUGCUGCAGACGGAAGAACAAUUAAAGGUGGUGGCCUUCUUCACACAUGUACGCUUCGUCCCUCUGGUAUCUAUGGUCCUGAAGAGAGAAGACAUUUACACAGGGUGAUGAUAAAUGUGGAGAGGAGGUUGUUUAGCUUUCGUUUUGGAAACCCAAAUGCCAAGAUGAACUGGGUUCAUGUGGAUAAUCUGGUGAUGGCACAUGUUUUAGCAGCAAAAGGGCUCACAGCGGAGAAAGCCUUUGUUGCGAGUGGACAGGCCUACUUCAUCAAUGAUGGGGAGUCUGUCAAUGUCUUUGAAUGGUUGACACCUUUGUUUAAAAGACUGGGCUAUAGGCGACCACUGAUUCACAUUCCUGUGUCACUGGUCUACACAGCAGCAAUUCUUAUGGAGCGAUUGCAUGUAGCCCUGAGUCCCAUUGUGGAAAUCCCAUUGCUUCUAACGAGAAAUGAGGUGAGAAACAUUGCAGUCAGUCACACCUUUAAAAUUGAGAAGGCACAGCGAGAACUGGGUUUCUCUCCUAAGAGGUACAGUUUUACCGACUCGGUGGAUCAGUACCUACGGAGCCGACCAUCGUGCCCUGCUGUGUCUCCUUCAAACACAGAGUACAUCCUCCUGCUGUUCCUGCUUCUUCUGAUGGGAUUCAUGGCCAUAAUGUAUUGCUCUGCACCGUAGGAGUUGUAGACUUUAACCCUCCAGUCCACAUCUUCUGCCCAAACCUCAUCAUACCAGCCUUCUUUAAAGCAUACACAUAUUUAGCUCAUAAGUUAUUUAGCAGAGCAGAAUUAAUCCAGGUUUAUUCCUUCUAGAGAGGUUUAGUAUUUGAGGGAAUAGCGAUGAUAGUUUAUGAAUCAACAACAUAUUGAAUGACAAUAUAUUUGUCAUGAUUUUGCUGAUGCUAUUAAAUUAAAUAACAUUGUAAAUACAGCAAUUAUUGUAGUGCACUAUUUACAGUAUUUGUUCAUUGAGUGAGUCUUUCAAAAGCAUCUUUGAUGUGUCUUUGCAUCAGUGUUCUAUUUAUUUGCAUUCAUGCAUUUGACAGAAAGUUUAAUCCAAGUGACUUGCAGUGCAUUAAAGGUAUACAUUUUUAAAAGUAUGUGUGUUCCCUGGGAAUCAAAUCCAUGAUCAUUUCGCUGCUAUCGCAAUGCUUUACCAACUGAGCUACAGGACUGAUUUGUUUAUUAAUGCUGAAAAAUGCAUUGUUUUUUUCAUAUAUUUAACUGUUAAAAAUAUAUGUAAAUUUAGCUCUGUAUGAAUAUGUAUUGUUAUAUAGGUGCAUAUAACUUAAGAUUAUUAAAUGUUAUGCUUAUUUAGCAAAAAACUGUGUGAAAACAUGCCUUGAUUAUUUUGUACUUGACGUAUUGUUUGCAUUAUACAAUAUUAGAAAAUAGCUUACAACCCUCCGUUCAAACCCCAUCCAAAGUUCAUGUCUGAUUUAUGUUGUACUGAAUAUAAUUAAAUGGCUAAAUUAAUUUUAUUUUCACAAAUCUGUGCCUGUCUUAAUCUAAACCUUUAUUUUGUCAGGCACCAAAUCAGAUUUUAGUCCAAGUUAUGUGAAUGAAAGCUUGAGAAUGGUGUUAGUUGGACAUUGUUGGUUUCUGCAUGUUCUCCCUGUGUCAGCGUGGGUUUACUCAGGGUACUCUGGUUUCCU